UUAUUUUUGUUGUUGUAUGUAUCGCUGUGGAUUAAUAAACUGUAAACAUCUUUAUGUGCAUUGUAAAAGUAUUAUCAUUUUCUGGUUGUAAAAAGCUGCAAUGGUUCUUGCUGAAUUGUAUGAGGUUAUUGCUAGGUUGAAGCUGGAUAUGGUUCAUUAAUUGACUUUUGAAAGUGCUAGCAAUUGGGUUACCUUUUCUUUUUACAGUUUUGCUCUUCCUCUGUUUUUAUAUGUGGUUCAUACCUUGAAAUGGAUUAGUUCUUCCUCAAUUUUCUUAUGGAAUUUGUUUGGUAGGAAAGUGGGUUCAUAUUUCUUAGUUGAUUAUUUGUUUCAAAUACGGUAAAUCAGGCAGUUGUGUGCUUUUCUUUUGACUGUUUUGCUCCUGGUGUUCAUUCCUUUUUGUGAUCCAGUGGAGUUAGCAGAGUGAGUCUAGUGUGGUUGUUGUGAACAAGUGUUAGUGGAUGAUUGUUCCUUUUAAAUGCUCAAAAAGAAAUUAUUGCUGGAAUUGGAAGUGCUUUUCAGAUGCUUUUGUAUGCUUUAGUAAAUAACAGUUGGCUGCUUAAAGUGCAUCUCAGUGGUAUAUUGUACACAAAACGCAUAUUAUUUCAUCUCUUCCAAUUGCUACAUCCAUGUCAUGAUUUAAUUUGGAAAUUCAUUAAUCCUUGAGGCUUAUAGCUGCAAGUAAUAAUAGAUAUGAUGAAAAAAUUAUUUGGACUAGUUGGAUCAAUCAGGCAUCUUCAUAGAUGGCAAGUUGGAUUCUACAUGUCUACUGAAAGAAAGAACUAUUUCUUUGAUUACUGCUCAAAUUAUCAGAAGCACAACAUACUGACUCUUUGUCAUAAUCAGGUUGUAUGUGGGAGUUGAGAUACUGAAAUAUGGCACAAGCUGCACGUUCAUUAUGUUUUUCCCAUGAUAAAGGUGUCCAAGUUUUGUGUAGAACAUCAGGCCUUAGUAGUAAUGAAAGAUUUCACAGGAGGCAAGUAGCACAUUUUCAUGGCAUAGUGCUAGUGAAAAUUCAAUCCAGUGGCAGAAAGGCAAGGUGCUCCCAGUUAAAUAAGUCAAAUCUGAAUUAUGCUGCAUCAGAUUUAAGAUGUUCAAAUCAGCUGUCAAGAAGGAAAGUUAGGAAUUUUUCAUCCUGUAGCUGCAAUAGAAGAAGACCUAAGACAGAAGAGGUAUUUGCAUUUCUGGUGCCAACCAUAUCAAAUGUCUUAAAUGAAUGGAGCCAGUCAAAAAUUGUGAAAGUAGUUGGACUGCUUGCAUGUGCAUACUUGGUGAUUCCGUCGGCUAGAGCUGUUGAUGCUCUAAAAACAUGCACUUGCUUAUUGAAGGAGUGCAGGAUAGAACUUGCUAAGUGCAUUGCCAACCCAUCGUGUGCUGCAAAUAUUGCUUGCCUCCAGACCUGCAAUGAUCGGCCAGAUGAGACUGAAUGCCAGAUUAAAUGUGGGGACCUCCUUGAAAACAGUGUUGUAGAUGAAUUCAACGAGUGUGCUGUCUCACGCAAGAAGUGUGUGCCUCAGAAAUCUGAUAUAGGGGAAUUUCCUGUCCCCAGUCCUGCUGUUCUUGUCGAAAACUUCAAUAUUGCUGAUUUCAGCGGGAAAUGGUUCAUAAGUAGUGGCUUAAAUCCUACCUUUGACACCUUUGACUGUCAAUUACACGAAUUUCAUGCAGAAGCUGGCAAACUUGUGGCGAAUUUGUCUUGGAGAAUAGGAACACCAGAUGGUGGCUUUUUCACUCGAUCUACUCUGCAGAGAUUUGUGCAAGAUCCAAACUACCCUGGGAUUCUUUACAAUCAUGACAAUGAGUACCUUCACUACCAAGAUGACUGGUAUAUUUUAUCAUCCAAAAUAGAGAACAAACAGGAUGAUUAUAUAUUUGUAUAUUACCGGGGUAGGAAUGAUGCCUGGGAUGGAUAUGGUGGUGCCGUUGUCUACACAAGAAGUGCAGUUUUGCCUGAAAGCAUUGUACCUGAACUUGAAAGGGCAGCUAAAAACAUAGGGCGAGACUUCAACAAAUUUAUCAGAACAGAUAAUACUUGUGGGCCAGAGCCUCCCCUUGUAGAAAGACUUGAAAAGAAAGUAGAGGAAGGGGAGGAGACCCUCAUAAGGGAAGUCAGAGAGAUUGAAGGGGAGGUAGAGAAGGAGGUAAAGAGGAUUGAGAAGACUGAGAUGACCUUGUUCCAGAAGUUGGCAGAAGGUUUCAAAGAGCUACAACAAGGUGAGGCAAACUUCUUAAGAGGGCUAAGUAAAGAAGAGAUGGAUCUGUUGAGCGAGUUAAAAAUGGAAGCAAGUGAGGUAGAGAAACUCUUCAGUGAAGCACUACCGCUUAGGAAACUAAGAUAGGUUUCACAAGUUCAACAGUUAAAUUACAAUUUUUGGGAAACUGUACAGCUUAUUUCGCAAUAAUUCACAUGGAUGCUGGUUGAGUUCAACAGAAUAUUUCUUUCAGCUUUUGUAUUUCAACAAUCAUUUAUUUUUCAGCUGCAGAUGUAAUGUAAAGUCCUCUUUGUGUUGUAUGUCGUGUUUUCCUUUUAUCUGUUAUUUUCAGAUAUCUGCAAAAACUAGUAAGGG